AUGGAUAACUUGCAUUUGGUAAACAAUUUUGUAAUAACACUAAUUUGUGGGGCACCCGCAAGUGGAAAAUCAACUAUUUCUUCAUUAAUUUCAUAAAAUUUUAUUAAAAAUUGUAUAUACAUUGAUAUCGAUUAAAUUGAAAAACAAUUACAUGAAGUAUUCAUUUAAAAUGGAAUUAUGGGCGAAGAUAGCACAAUAAAUUAAAGCAAUCUAGAGAAAUAAGACAAUAUUUUGAUUGAUAUAUAGGACAAUAUCUUAAAUUAACUAGAAUGUCAUAAAAAACUAAAAUAUUCUGAAGAAAUUCACAAAUUUAAUCCAUAAAUUUGGAAAAUAAGUAGAAAUUUAAGUUAAAAAGUAGUAGAAACACUAAUCAAAAAAACAAAUUAAUCUACUUCAUAGUUUAUUAUUGUAGAAGAUGUAUUCAAUCUUCGUAGCAUGAGAAAAAAUUAUUUGCACAUUGCACAAAAAUAUUAAACAGGAUUUUGUGAGAUAUUAAUAAAAAUGCCAAGAGAAGAAAUCAUAUUAAAUGAUUCCCUGAGGUAAGAUUUCAAGAAAGUAGGAGAAAACAUUAUUUUAAAAUCACUAGAGCAAUUUGAUUAUGAGGCUACACAUAAGGAUCACUUUUUAUUAUUUGAGAAUUCAAAUAACAUAAAAUUAGAGAAGAGUAUCAACAAUCUAGCAAAAUAAAUCGUAGAAAUAGGAGGUAAAAUAGCUCAACAAAACAAGGAAUUGAGUGAUGAAGAGUAUCAAUAACUGCUUUUGGAGCAUAAAGAAAAUAUAGCGGAUUAGCUAAAUUUAAAACUAAAUGAAAAAGUAGGUCAUAUUAUAAAAAAUAAAAACUACGAUAUCAAAAGUAAUGGAGGUGGAGAAGGUCUUUCUAUCUUAAAAAAGUUAUUUUUUAAGAUGGCGAAAUAUUAUUUUUAAUAAGCCUAAAAUACUUUAAAGUCAAAUAUUUUAGAGAGUCCAGAAGAAUUAAGUGGAAUAGAUGAAUUAUUAAAAAAAUAUAAGUAAAAAUUUAAAACCUAAAAGGACAGCAAAGAAUUUUAAGAAGUAGUUUAGAUGAUUGAUUAAAAAUUGAAAGAAAUUGACUUAUGCAUGAUAAGGAUAGAAAAUGAAUAAUAAUUUAAAAUAGAUUCCUAGGCUGAAAAAGAUAAAUAAAUAGGUAUGUAAAAAUAAUUAUUUAUUCAAGGAGUAGUAGAAAAGAGUUCUUCAGCUUUUGAAGAAUUUAUUAACAAAUUUUAUAAUAAUUGA